GUACAGCAUAAAAGGCUGUCACAUUGUCUCAUUUUCAUCGUUACAGAUGAAUUCGCUCCUGCUGCUUUCGGCCGCUGUGCUCGUCGCCGUCCAUGCGGAAAUGCAAAAUGUCACGGUCAAGGGCACCAUUAUGUGUAACAAAAAGCGAAUGCCUGACGUUCUGGUGGAACUGUGGGAGAGAGACAGCUUCGACCCCAACGACCUUCUAGACUCGAAAAGGACGGGCAAAAAAGGCAAAUUUAUUGUAAAAGGAGGCCACGAUGAACUCGGUUCCAUUGAGCCAUUCCUCAGAAUCACACACACUUGCAAUGUGAAACCGGGCUGCAAACGAAUUACAGUAUAUAACAUCCCAAAAUCGAAAAUUGGACUCGUCUAUGACAUGACUUAUGUGUCGCUGGAUAUCAUCUCCUCUGAAGACAAGGAAGAAUGCUAAGACCCCACAGCUUUUUUAAAGUGUAUCUUGUAUAUUUCCCUAUCAUUGAUGUUGAACUCUCUGAUUAAUUAUGCCAAAAAGAGCAUGGCUAAUGAAACGUAUAGG